AUGAACGAGAAAAGUGAAAAUGGACUGGAACUAACUAAGACUAAGAAAAACGAUGCAGAAACUAAUGGAAAUGGAGCUACAAAAAAACCAAAAGAACCAGUGACAUGUGGUGGCCUGAUCAAAAGAUUUUUUACCUUCUUCACUGUAGAACCUUUUUUACUGUGCUACAUUAUACCUAUAGCUGUAUCAGGAUUAGCUGUACAGAAACUGAACAUAGAAAAAGCCUGUCGUGUUGACUUGAAUCUAACAGAAGAGAUCUGUCUGCAAGCAGUGAAUGGUGAAAUCAGUGAGAAUGAUACAUUUGGUCUAGCUGCUCAAUUAAAUGCUACUAAACUGGUUGCAGAUAUGACGGCUUGGCAAAGUCCCUUACAGAGCGCUUUUCCUGCCAUUAUUAUAUUGAAUGUUGGAGCAUGGAGCGACAAAACAGGCAAUAGAAAGGCACUGAUGCUCAUACCUGUAAUAGGUGAAAUUAUUUCUUCGUGUGGUUUGCUCCUUACAACGUACAUGUUCCUAGAAUGGCCUUUAUGGGUCACCGCACUGAUAGAAGCAUUACCCUCAUUAACUGGAGGUUAUUCGAUCGCGUUGAUGGGUUCAUACAGCUUCAUAGCAGACCUCACGACUGUAGAAUCAAGAACGUUCAGAAUUGGUUUGGUUGGAAUCAUCGUAACUUUAGGAAUACCUUUUGGUACAUCAAUUAGUGGUGUUUUGACCGAAGCUGUGGGUUAUUAUGGAAUAUUUUCAAUCAAUUUGGCAUUGUAUCUUUUGGCGUUUAUCUACACUUACUUCAGAAUCAAGAAUGUUAGAACUGUGAAGUUGGAAGGAACUUUGGCCCAAAAAGUGUUGGAUUUCAUUCAUCCUAGGAAUGUUUGGGACACUGUAUCGUUGCUUUUCUUAUCUCGAGGAAAGCAGUUGGUGCAAAUUCUUCUAGUAAUUGGUGCACACAUUGUUAUCAUGGGACCAGUUUUUGGUGAAGCGUCUGUUCUCUUCCUGUACGUUUUGACCAAGUUUAGUAUGAGCGUCGUCGAUUUGAGUUUAUUUAGUACAUACUCAAUAUUAAUGGGCACUGCAGGAUCAGCAGUAGCAGUAACACUCUUCAGUAAAAAACUGAAGAUGCAUGACAGUUUAAUGGGAAUUAUCGCGACUACUUGUAAAACUGUUUCUGCCUUCGUGUAUGGGCUGGCUCCGACCAGGAAUUGGCUGUAUGCUGCCCCAGCUUUUGACUUCUUUGGAAACUCAGGCGCCAUUGCCAUUAGAUCUCUUGGCACUAAAGUUGUGGGUGCAGAAAAAGUUGGUAAAAUAUGUUCGCUGAUUGGGUUCAUUGAAACCCUGAUACCAGUGAUAUAUACACCAAUGUACAGCAAGCUGUUCUCCAACACGGUGGAGACUUUUCCAGGAGCGGUGUACCUGCUGGGAGGGACUAUGACGAUACCUGCCUUCUUGAUAUUCAUAAUACUGUACAUAAUGCACAAACGACAAGAAAGAGACACAGUGAAGAAUCCGACAGAGAAAGAAAUGUAUGCACAUGACAAUUACAUCACAGCUUUGUAG